AUGAAAGCGAAAAGUGGUAACGGUGAGCUGUUCGGUUCGCUGCUGCGAUUACCGAAACGGGACGUGUUUGAUUGCGUCCCGUUGCACUACCUGGUGCUGAAGCUGAGCGGCAUGGGCUGCAUCACGCCCCGGGCUGGGGUCCGAAAUGGAACUACCAUGACGACGCCGCUGGAUAUAGGGCUGUUUGUGGGGAACCUGGCGCUCGCUGUGUCCAUGGUGCUUUACGGAACGUUCACCACCCAGCGACCGGCGAGUUCGUCCAUCAUGCUCAUUGGACUGAAGCUGGUAAACAUCACCUGUUACGCGUCGACCAUCUACGGGCUUAUCAGUUGCUUUAUCAAUCGCCACGAGAUCUGGAAGUUCUACAAUGCAGCUCACGCCAUCGACCGGGCCCUCGAGGAGCUCGGUGAGCGGACAAACUUUACCCACAGUUUCGUGGCGUUCCUCGCGUAUUACGUUCUGGCCACGGGCUCCUGCUGGAUGCUGAUCGCCGUGCUGUAUCGUGGCAACAUGACCGGCAUGUUGUUGCUUAACCUCGGCUACUCCUACUUUAGCCUCACCACGUUCCACAUCGUCAGCAUAACCUGCCUGACGGUGGUCUGGUUGCGAAACGUGCGCCUGAAUGAGGCCUUCCGGAAGCAGUUCUUGUUGGAUGUGAAUGGCAUCGAAACUCCAACACUUGCAGUGCACGGCUCGACGCAAAUGCAGGUGCUGCGACAAAUCAUGCAGACCUUUGACCAAAUCUGCGAUCUGGCCGACAACGGAAGCUUCUACUACGGCAUCCAGAUUAUGGUCAGCAUUGCCGGAUCGUUUGUGUUUCUGCUGUUUUACACCUUCGCCAUCACGCUCGUCGUGCGCUCCGUGCUGCCUUUCGAGAGCGUAUUCAACGCGGGACCGUUAAUGUCUUACGCGAUAUUUGCCUACAACAUACUGAUCGUUGCCUUUCUGGGGAACGCCCUGAAGCAGCAGGGCAAACUGACGGCGAUGCUGAUCGACAGGGCCAUCAAUUCGACAAAUAACGCAGAAAUAAUCGAGAUGUUGCGAUUGUUUUUGAUGCAGUUGGGCCAUCGAUCACCGCUGAUAACGUGCGGCCUGUUUCCGUUCGACUGGACUCUCAUUUUUUCGAUACUUUCUACGGCCGCUACUUACAUCAUCAUUUUGCUACAAUUUGAAAGUGCCGGGACCGCGAUGGGUUAG